CUUGACAAGCCACUUAGGAAAUCUGAAGAAAAGCUUUCAACAUCUAAACAUAAGAAAUAUACACAGCAUUUCUAUCCUAUUGUCCAGAAGAAAUCAUGGGGCUUUGUGGAAUUUCCAUCAUCUUCCUGCUCCUUCCUCUCAUGUCACAUAUGACUGAAGUUUCUCCUGGGUUUAAAAUCCGCAUCACUUCCAGAGGCCUGGAGAUGUUAAAGUAUGAGACACAGAGGUUUGUGGAGCAUGAGCUGGCAGGAAUUACUAUGCCAGAGAUGCACGGCAAGAAUGGAAACCUCCAUUAUUCCAUUACAGAUGUGAAUAUAACAGCGUUGAACAUGACUGCAGACCUGAGUUUCUAUCCCACAGAUGGACUGCUCUUUGAGGUGGAAAACUCAUCCAUCACUAUUAACUUUCAGAGACGUGUCAUCUACUGGCUCCUCCAAGAUAAGGGUGCCAUUAAUGCCUCUGCAGAAGGUGUGAACAUCAACACUAUCCUCCACUUUGCCAAAGAUAACCUGGGGCGUCUCAAGAUCACCAAUGUCACCUGUGAUGCUUCCAUCGCUAAAAUGAGGGCCAAGUUUGGCGGGUUUUUUGGCAAGGUGUAUGAAUUUGUCUCAGCCUUCCUAAGCACAGGAAUGCGCUUCAUCCUAAACAAGCAGAUUUGUCCUGCACUGAAUCAUGCUGGGCUAGUGCUGAUCAACCAGCUGUUGGAGACGGUUCCAGUGCAAACCGAUGUGGAUAAAUAUGUGGGCAUUGAUUAUUCACUGUUGAGUGACCCUGUGGUUACUGGCACUAGUCUGGAUAUGGACUUUAGGGGUAUGUUCUAUAACCUGCAGAAUAUAAAUGACACUCUUGAGAACACUGCAGCGAAUCCAGUAAUAAGAAAGUAUGACCGCAUGAUAUACCUGGUUCUGUCUGAGUACUUCUUUGACAGUGGACUCUACUCUUAUUACAAAGGAGGGGUGUUCAGGAUGCACAUAUCAAAUGAACGAAUGUCAAAAGACUUGGAGAUGCUUCUCAGGACCACCUACUUUGGAGCCAUCAUGUUAUUGAACCCUGCAUUGAUGGAAGCUCCAAUCUCGUUGGAGAUGGAGGUCACUUCAGCCCCUAAAUCCACCAUCAAGACCUCAGGUGCUACUGUGUCUGUCCAUUCUGGGGUCAGAGUUCUGGUCCUUCCCCCAGGAAGACCACCUGUCCAACUCAGCAGUAUGACCAUGGAGUCUAAGUUCAAUGCCAAGGUUUCCAUGAAAGAGAAGAGGCUGUCUAUUAAUCUGGAUCUGAGAAGGUUUAAAAUCUUUUCUACCCAGUCUGCUUUGGAGUCAUUAGCUCUGAUUCCACUGCAAGCACCACUGAAGACCAUGUUGCAAAUUACUGUUGUGCCCCUCCUGAACAAUUACACCAAAAAAGGUGUACAGAUCCCUCUGCCUGAUGGAAUUGACAUCAUUGAAGAUGUGGUUGAGUAUCACAAUGGCUACGUCGUUAUUGGAGCCAACCUGAAGUUCAGAAGUGGCUUGAAGGAGCUGAUUGAGAAGAAUUCAUCUUAAGAACAUCUACAAUCAAUAAAAAAGUUGGGACAGUAUGUAUAUGCUAAUAAAAACUGAAUUUGUAAAUCUGCUUAGACCUGUAUUAAAACCAGGGUCUGCCAUAGAAUGGGUGGGCAUAUACAUGUUGGUUUAUUUGUUUAUUAGGAUUUCAACAUCAUGUUUUACACACUUUACACAAGUCUUUAAUGUCAUGGACAAUUUAGUAUCUCCAAAUUACCUCACUUGCAUGUCUUUGGACUGUGGGAGGAAACCGGAGCUCCCGGAGGAAACUCCACGCAGACACAGGGAGAACAUGCAAACUCCACACAGAAAGGACGCGAACCACUGUUGGGCCCUUGAGCAAGGCCCUUAACCCUCAAUUGCUUAGACAGUAUUUACAUUUUUGGUAUUUAGCAGACGCGUUUAUCCACUGUUGCUCAAGAGCCCAACAGUGGCAACCUGGCGGUGGUGGGGCUUGAACCAGAAACCUUUCGGUUACUAGUCCAGUACCUUAACCACUUGGGUACUGGCUACUGUCACAGUACUGUAAGUCGCUUUGGAUAAAAGCGUCUGCCAAUAGCUGAAAAUGUAAAUGGUAUAAAGUAGAUGAUCAAACAUCAACAUUUGCUGUAAUUUUUGAUGUAAUACAGGUCAAAGAGCAUUUACAAAUCAGUGCUUUAUGAUCAGUUUACAUACUGUUGCAAGUUUUUUGGAACUGAGCUGUUAUUUUACUGCUAAACUUAGUAAGAACUGUUUCAUGGCUUCAUGUGGUGCUUAUUACAUAACACUGCAUAUACAGUAUAAUGUACAGUACAGACUGUGACAGAUACACUCAUUAAUCAUAUUGCUACAUAUAUUGUCAUAUUUAGUAUAUCUUUUUUUUUUUUUUUUAUACUAAACUUUAUAUGCACAUAUUUUAUCAUUACUGUAUUACUCCCUGAAAUGUAUUUUCCUUGUUUUAACACUGGUUAUAAAGUCUUUUAUAAACAAUUUA